GAAGAGGUCCCUUAUGUAAUAUAAUGUAAUUUCUUCUCAUCUAUAGCACUGGUGCAAGCUAAAUCAAGAGAGAAAAUGACAGAACAGCAGGGAACCCCAGACCAACUGGCUGCAGGAAAGAGCCAAGGAGGGGCUGGAGCCACGUAUAAGCUGGUGGCUUUUGAGUUUGAGAACUUCCGUGGAGAGAAGGUGGAGCUGUCUGGUGAAUGUAAGGAUAUAUCGGAGAAGAGAGUUGGUUCAGUCAUUGUGGAGUCUGGACCGUGGGUUGGGUAUGAGCGUCCAGGCUUUACAGGAGAGCAGUUUGUUCUGGAGAAAGGAGAAUAUCCCCGCUGGAGUACCUGGACCAACAGUCAGUGCAGCUUCAGUCUGGGCUCCUUCCGGCCACUGAAAGUGGAUAGUGCAGACCAUAAACUGUUCCUGUUUGAGAAUGCAGGCUACACAGGCAGAAAAAUGGAGAUUAUUGAUGAUGAUGUCCCCAGUCUGUGGGCUCAUGGCUUCCAAGACCAUGUGGCCAGUGCCAAGGCUGUGAACGGAACGUGGGUGGGAUACAUGUAUCCAGGCUACAGGGGGCGCCAGUAUGUGUUUGAGCAUGGCGAAUACAAGCACUGGAACAAUUGGGGAGCCACUGCACCUCAGAUCCAGUCCGUCCGACGUGUGCGGGACAUGCAGUGGCACAAGAGGGGCUGCUUCACCGCCCCUGCCCCUACACCUGCCCCUGCCCCUGCCCCAAACCCAAAUCCAAAUCCCAAUCCUGCCCCCAACCCCACCCCAAACCCUCCUCCCAACCCAAAUCCCAACCCUGCCCCUAACCCCACACCUCCAGCGCCCACCACAGCAGCAGAAGCGAGCUGA